AUGCGACAAAUUUCGAUCGCCACUGACAAGGUUGUACUAGGAAUAGGUGGAUUUGGCUUUAUAUUAAAAGGUAAAUACGAUGGCCGAGAAGUCGCAGUAAAGAGAGUACCGCUAGAAGACCAGGAUUUAAACGAAGAAGAAGCAAUGCUAAAAUUGGAUCAUGCAAACAUCGUCAAACUAUUUCAUUGUGAAAGUGACGAGAAUUUCAGGUACUAUGCAUUGGAAUUGUGUGUUGCCUCGUUAGAUCAUCUAUUCUUGAAGACGGAUGACGAGAAAAAAUACAACGGACCGAUGCCACAUCACAUCGAAGUUAUCCAACAAUUAGCUUCAGGUCUCGAACAUAUCCAUUCAAAGGAUUUAGUUCAUGGAGACAUUAGACCAAGGAACGUCCUUAUUUCGGUGGGUUCUGCUGGCCCAGAUGAGAUAACAAUCAAAUGGGCAGACUUUGGACUGAACAGAAACGUCGAUGUACAAGGAACAGCAAUAAAAAGUGAAGCAAGAGGGAAAAACGCAUGGCUAGCCCCCGAGUUGCUGAAACUAAGCGGCACCAAGAACCAUGGUACCGCCAAGGGCGACAUCUUUGCACAGGGACUCGUUUUCGGAAGUCUCUUCUUGAAUGGGGAACAUCUCUACGGUUCCAUGGAGAAUGGAAAGGAAAUUCAUGACAAUAUAAUUAAAGGAAAUCCCGUCAACAUGCAAAGUAAUUCCUGA